CGUCGUCGCUGCUCAGGUAAGCGCGUCGACUCGUGGGACUCGUUUUGCCUUCGUCGCGUAUCGUUUUUAGUCAACGCGCUCGCCGCAACGAGGAUCAGUAUCCUUUUAGCGUUCCGUGUGCGCGGUUGUCUGCCGCUCGUCCUGAAACGCAGUCGUCUACCCACAAUCAAAUCGCAAAACUCUCCCAAAUGCACUAAAACUCGAAAACGCGUAACAAUUUGUUAAGUUUUAUCUGUUCGGACAUUUGCAAAAUCAAAGUACGUGCAAUACUUAUUUGUUGACACUUCAAUUCGUACUUCAACCAAAGCAUUUGUGUUGUGAAAUUCUGUUGUGUUGUGUGUUAAAAAGCAUCUAAUUUGGCCUUCUAUUGGAUUACACAUUUCGGAUUACAUACAAAUUAAAUUAUACCAAAAUGGAUUACAAACACGAUCUAAACUCGGAUGAUGAUUUCGACUGCUCCAAUGGUUAUAGCGAUAGCUAUGGCAGCAAUGGACGCAUGUCCAACCCAAAUGGUCUAUCCAAGGCGGAACUAAGAAAGACUAACAAACCUAUAAUGGAGAAACGUCGUCGAGCCCGUAUAAAUCACUGUUUAAAUGAGCUCAAAUCGCUUAUCCUGGAAGCGAUGAAGAAAGACCCAGCGCGACAUACCAAACUGGAGAAGGCCGACAUACUCGAGAUGACGGUGAAGCAUUUGCAGUCGGUGCAGCGCCAGCAGCUCAAUAUGGCCAUCCAGACGGAUCCUGGUGUGGUGCACAAGUUCAAGACGGGGUUCGUCGAGUGCGCCGAGGAAGUCAAUCGCUAUGUCAGCCAAAUGGAUGGCAUUGAGCCAGGAGUGCGUCAACGUCUCAGCGCCCAUUUGAACAACUGUGCAAACAGUCUCGAGCAAAUUGGAUCGAUGAGCAACUUCAACAAUGGAUAUCGUGGUCAGCUGCCAGCCACAAUGUUUCCAGGCACUGCAGCACCUUUGUUCCCCUCACUGCCGCAGGACCUUAACAACAACACCAACAACAACAACAACAGCGGUAGCCGGGAGGGCAUCACUGCAGCAGCUCCAGCCAUCCAAAUGGGUGGUCUCCAGCUGAUACCAUCCCGCCUGCCCUCUGGCGAAUUUGCGCUAAUAAUGCCCAACACAGCAACAGCCACAACUACAACAGCAGCAACAGUGGCAGGAGCAGCAGCAGCUCCGGCGCCAUUUGUCUGGCCAGGAACGGCAGCGAGUGCCGCCUUGGCGAACAUUGCGAAUCCCACACAUUUAAGUGAUUAUGCGCAAAGUUUCCGGCUGAGUGCAUUCAACAAGCCGACAGCUCCAGCAGCUGGCACAGCGGUCGCAGUGAGCACCAAGACGACAACCAGCAGUCCGCCACUGAGUCCCAUUUCCUCCAUCUCCAGCCAGAGCCAGGGCGAUGAAUCUCGCGCCGCCUCGCCAACUAAUGUUCAGGCCGAGCUUGCGCUGGCCAAGCAGCACAGCUUCGCUGGAGUGUUUUCCACGCCACCACCGACAUCGGCGGAGACAUCGUUCAACACGAGCGGCUCCCUGAACCUGAGUAGUGGCAGUCAUGAUAGCAGCGCCGGUUCCCUGGUCGCCCAUCACCUGCAACAGCAGCAAGUGAGCUCCACCAGCGGCAAGGAGAGCCGGCGUCAGAAGCGGGAUCGUGAGAAGGAGCAGCUGCAACAAGAUCAGGCCGAUUCUAGCGAUUGUUCGUUAUCGGACGAACAACCCUCGUCUAAGAAAUUCCUGGCCGCUGCCAUCGAGAAGAACAGCUCCGCCUGGCGGCCCUGGUGAGGAAAAGCCAGCAACCUUGCAACCAGCAGCAGCAGCAUAAAAUAUCCUCUUUAAUAUAUUUUAUUUAUGUUAAGUUUUUCUCCAUUUCCUAAAUUUGUUAAUUUAUUUUCACUGCAAUUUAUAAAAACAAAACAAUGCUUUAGU